UACUGGGUUUCUAUAUAAAUAACUUCAUCGUUUUAGUAGCGCUCUCAAACUCAACUCCAGAGGAGCUGGAAGAACCAACAAAAAGUUUCACAUGAGACUUAGCUCUUCAGUUCUGCGCAUUUUCUAGGUCCUCUACACAAGCUGCACUGAAAAAAUGGAGCACCUGGAGAACUCCACAGCAUCACCCAAACGCCUCUUCUUGCACACCCAGAGCACCGCGGAUUCCCAGGCGGACAAAAGCGACGGGAACGCGUACCUAUAUAUAUUAAUAGUCAUGUCUUUCUACGGAGUCUUCCUCUGUGGUAUAAUGUUGGGCUACUUCCGCUCCAAAAGGAGAGAGAAAAGGAGGAUCAACAUUUUUACGCGCCUGGUGCACGAAGAGGAGCAGCGGGAGUGGGGCGCGCUGCCAAAGAAACACAGCCUCACCUUUCCCUCCGCUGUCUCUGGACUGCGUUCAGUGCAAGUGUCCCUGCCUUUCUGCGGUAACCAUGGAAACCACUUUGGACAUCUCCACUACGAGGGCGCGUUGCCCUCUCCGCUGGCGUGCGCGCUGUGCACGGAGCAGAGCAGCAUCAGCUCCCUGUGCUCCUCCGCGGACACGCGCGUCGCCAUAGAGGAGGAGUCGGACAGCGGAACGGCGGAGGAACCAGAGGGGAACACGAAGGGAGGGUCCGAGAACAGCGGGGAUGAUUCGGGCUGAGCUCCGCCCAGAGAACUACGUGUCACCUUCCGCGGCAUGAACAAAGAGGAGAAACAUCACCUGAAGCAGAAGGUUCUCAGGGGUCUCUGUAUCACAAACAGCCCAGCAAUCAACAGCAAGGCUUAAAUCAAAAAUCUCCCCAAGCCAACAUCCAUCCAGGACAUAUGAUGUCCAUAAAAGGGCUGGAAAAAGUCCAGCAACACAAUGAGGACAAUGUGAUAUGUAUUAGUUAGGAAAUUGAGAGAGCAUUGAUCAUUUGUUUGAUGUGCACAACUGCAAGGAUCAUUAUAUGCAGCAGCUCCCCACCCAGGUCAAUAUACACACAUUAAAUAAGAACACUGUUUAUAACAAAGUUAAAGAUACUAAAGGCUAUAUGCUGGAAUCAAUAAAUACAUAAUUAUCAAUAUCUAAAUAUACUUACAGCAGUAAAGCUGUAAAAAAAUAUAUUGUAUUUAAAUAAAACCAGGCUACACCCAGUGGUAAUAAAACACAAUUUGCUAUUAUAUGAUUUCACUGUGUCACUAUGACUUUGCCUCAUCGUGGUGUUGCCCCCUCCCUGCUG